AUGGAAACCACAACCUCCAGACGAGACAACACAAAGGCAGGUUGCCCAUCACUAUGUGCAGAGCCUGCUCGACUCGACAAAUUUACCAUCCUUGAACUAGCACGCUUACCCAGUAUCACGAGGGAAGUGAUGGUUGAAGAUUGGCUGGAGAGCGUAUACGGCAAAACGACUGCACCAACAAGAUCACCUUCCGAGCUAUUAGGACCCACAAAAGAAUCGGUAUACGGCUCGGACGAGCUCCUCGAGACCUCCAGCUCACGAGACUGUUCGCCUAACGAGGGACGAGAUCUAGCUUCUCGCCCACCAACUACCACAGAGACGAGCACUCCCUGUGAUGUGGAUACUACAUUCAUCGAGCGAAAACUCUCUGCUUUCAUAUCGAAUCUCUACGCUCACCCCUCUUCGGAGGUUGGUGGGCGUGAACAGCUCCCGGUGAUGCUUCUACCACGCGACCUCUACUCGAGCUCACCCCCACCCCGGGAUGCUAAGCAAGACAACCCGACGCUUCUCGUCUCAUGGUGGUGUACAGGGUUCGCAGUGGCAAUCAUACUGGUACGAAUAGCUGGACGAUAUGUACGCACGGAAAGACUGUUCAGAGAGGAUAAGAUCAUGGCUUUGAGCUUGAUACCACUGUUGGCUAGGAUGGGCCUCGUUCACUUGGUGUUGCUGUGGGGAACGAACAAUACCACAACUGAGGGCCUGACAGCGCGGGACAUUCAUUAUCGCCAGAUUGGGAGUAGACUUGUCCUAGUCUCCAGGAUCAUGUACGCGAUGUUCUUGUGGAUCGCCAAAUUCACAAUCUCCGAGUUCCUCAAGCGCCUCACGACCGUUACCUUCGUCGCUGUGGUCAUCGCGACUCUCUCCGAAUGUCAACCUUUCAGCCACUACUGGCAAGUAGUCCCAGAUCCAGGAGCGAAAUGCAGGCAAGGCACUGCUCAACUCGUUACCAUGGGUACGAGCGAUGUCAUUACCGAUCUUUUGAUCGUGGGCUUCCCAAUACCCAUUGUACUCAAAUCUGCCAUGAAUACGAAGCGAAAAAUAUCGCUGGUCCUCCUCUUCGCGCUCUCUCUCAUACUCGUUGCCAUCACCCUUUAUCGUGUCGUCAGUGUGAUAGAUCGUCAUUAUGAUCAACGAUUCCGCUCGCUUCUGGCCUCCCUCGAAAUCCUUGCCGCUGCUGCAGUCUCCAACGCACUUGUUCUAGGCUCAUUUGUCCGUGACCGUGGCGCCAAAAAGCAGCGCUUUCGUUUUGGCAGCACCGGUGGACACAGUAGCUUGGAUCGCUCAACUACUGCUCCUCGUCGAGCUAUCACGGCAAGAAAUUGGGGCAGUGAUGCCGAUCUCGUGGGCGACCUAGGCAUGAGAUUAGAUCCUGAGCUGACCGAAAAACCGUCAACUAUUGCAAGACCAGCACCUGUAGCUAUGUCACUACACUCGACAUCAAACAUCAAUACCUCAGAUCUCGUUGACAGGAGUUGGACUUUCCCAACUCGUGCAUCUGUUGAGACAGAUGAAACUGACAUGAAGUCUCCAGGACCUAUCCUUGAAUCACAGCCAAGCCCCACUGAGAUACCGACUACACCCCGCCGUAUGUCAUUCUUUGAUGUCGGCGGUCUGCUUGGUGAGAACGACCCACCUCAAGUCCGUCAUCGACGAUCAAUGGCGGUAUACCAGCAACGGCCCUCUACCUUACCAUCGUCAGGCUUGCAUCCGCAUGCAGCUGGGUCAAGGAGAGGUAGCCAUGCUCUGCUCCAGGACAUUGGCGGACUGAUUGAACAUGCGCCACAAUCGCCUCGGACUACCACAUUGCGCCCGCCGCCAAGUUCUCAAAAUUCUGACUUGAUAGAGGCCUUACAGUCUACACCACCUAAUUCCUCACCUCGACCCUCUGUACCUCCAGCUCAGCGACGAGGCGAGUCACCUGGACUGCAAGAUAUCGGCGGCUUACUAUCACCCUCCCCACAAACUACGAAUGCACGCCCAGCUCCGAGUUCUCAACACUCUGGACUAAUAGAAGCACUGCAAUUUACGCCGCCAAGUUCAUCGCCCAUUUUGUCGCCAAAGCCCUCCGCAUUCCCUCCUCAAAGACGGCGUGGCUCACAGGGACUGCAGGAUGUCGGAGGCUUAUUAUCUUAA